AUGGCUCGUCGGCCGUAUGAUUUGUUGUUCAAACUAUUGCUCAUCGGCGAUUCGGGUGUGGGAAAGACGUGUAUACUUUAUCGGUUUAGCGACGACGCCUUCAAUACGACAUUUAUCUCAACGAUCGGGAUUGAUUUCAAAAUCAAAACGAUCGAGUUGAGAGGAAAGAAAAUCAAGCUGCAAAUAUGGGAUACAGCAGGGCAAGAACGAUUUCAUACGAUUACCACAUCAUACUAUCGAGGAGCAAUGGGUAUAAUGUUGGUUUACGAUAUCACAAAUGCGAAAAGCUUCGACAAUAUUGCUAAAUGGUUGCGAAAUAUAGAUGAGCAUGCUUCCGAAGACGUUGUCAAAAUGCUGCUUGGCAACAAAUGUGACAUGACAGAGCGGAGAGUUGUAAGUCGGGAAAGAGGAGAGAAGAUUGCCAAGGACCAUAUGAUAAGGUUUCUGGAAACGUCAGCGAAGGCUAAUAUUCAUAUAGACACAGCAUUCUAUGAGCUAGCUGAAGCGAUUUUGGAUAAGGUCAGUCAUGGUUCAAAAAUUUUUAUUCCCUAA